CUGACGAUUCUGCAAUCUGCGAUGAUUUCGUGGCUAUAGGAAACAAUUCAAUAAUUUUGUAAUAAAUUGCAAUUUAUGCAUUAAUAUAAAAUAAAUUGUGUCUUUCUGAGUGAGAAUGGGUAUUGCUGUGAGUAAAUACUCUGACAUAUCAAACAACGAGCUCCUGGAAAAGUUCUGUUCGAAUGACAUCAUAUCCCCAAAUGAUCCAUUCUGGAAUCAACUCUUGGCUUUCAAUAUACAAAUUCCAAAUGAUGUCGACGAGCAGUUGAUGUUCGAUACAUGCUCCGAUGCGUUGCUGCAGAAGUUCUUACAGAACAAUCAGCAGACUGGAAAUUUGGGAUCCCUAGUGCAAGUGUUUAUAACCCGAGCGACAGAGUUGCUGUCUGCACCCAACUCUGACAAUGUCAUGCUGGCAUGGCAGUGUUACAACGCCUUGUUCGUAAUACGGGCUGUCACCAAGUACCUUGUGGAGAUGGUGCCGGAAUAUGAACUCUGCCUACACUUAGAUGUUCAAGCUAGGACGGUGAAUUCUCCGGCGCCACAAGACCAGUCGCCGCCAUCUUCGCCGAUUCAAGAAGUCAGCGCAUCAGAUAAUCAAGUGUCUUCCAAACCGAUGUCCGGGGAGAGCCGGGUCGAAAUGCUAGUGGACGCGCUCAUAGGCCUUAUCAUAGAUGUACCGAUCACAGACAACACAUACUACCUACACUUGGAGAGUAUAAACACACUUCUAGUGCUCAUGUCUGUGUAUAUGUUUGCCGGAGUGCACGGACAGACGAGAUUAGUGGAGACUUCUUUGAUAUUCAGAACUCUAUUUCAAGGCCGGUACGGAAUGCACGCGUCUUUGUUAGUGAAGACGCUGCUGACAAAUCUGUCGUGUAUGGUGGCAGCACCGCCGCAAUUUGGGGCUCAGGGCCCCGGCAGUAUGUUGAUCAAUAUAGCAUCAAGCCUCUGGAGUAUGCUAACAUUCAACGCGACCACCCGUCAGACCAUAUACACGAAUCCGCCGUUACACCGACACGAAUUACUCGACAGGCUGAAAAAGGAGCAUCCUGUAGCUAAUCAAUCGUGUCUGUUAUUACUGGCAUUGGCAAAUCAUUGUAUUAGUGAAGAUAAUUUAUAUAGGACUGCGCUUUUGCAAUGUGAUGAUACUGCAGAUAAUUCAGCUACAACCCCCCAUAGAGAUACAAAUGGCAGCGCCUCACAGGUCACACCACCGAGAAUAGACAUGGCAGCCUUACACAAAGCUUUAUGCGCGACGGCGGGGUGCGAGCACUCAACACUGUUAUUGUACCUAAUGCUGCACUCUUGUAAGGCGUACAAGAGGCAUGUCAGCAAUGUGGCCAAUGUCGAACAUUUGAUAGUGCCAAUCCUACAAGUACUUUACAACGCGCCGGACAGUAACUCCCACCACAUCUACAUGUCGCUGAUUGUGCUGCUGAUAUUAACAGAGGACGAUUCGUUAAUCAAGAAUGUGCAUUUAGUUAUGUUAAAAAACAUCCCUUGGUACACAGAGAGGUCGAUAUCAGAGAUAUCGCUGGGCGGCCUUAUGGUGCUCGUAGUCGUCCGGGCGCUGCAGUACAACAUGGCGAGAGUCCGAGACAAAUACUUGCACACCAACUGUCUGGCUGCCAUCGCUAAUAUGAGCUGUGAAUUUAGAAACCUCCACCCUUACGUGGCCCAGAGGUUGAUAUCGUUGUUCGAAACAUUAACUAAAAGAAGAGCUAGGCUUUGUAGUGAGAUUGAAGGAGGUGAUAUAAAUAGUAUAGAGUUACCACACCACGCUGAAGAGAAGACAGAAGAAAUUAUGGAGCACAUAGCGGUGCUGGACGAAGUUCUGCGUAUGCUGCUGGAGAUCAUAAACUCGUGCCUCACCCACCAGCUGGUGAACAACCUGAACCUGGUGUACGCGCUGCUGCACAAAAAGCAGCUGUUCCAGCAGCACGCGCACCACCACAUCGCGCAGAACAUCGAGAUGGUGAUAGGGUACUUCUCAACGCGCCUACAGAGGGUCCAAGAGGGCGCGGGAGGUGACCUCGGAGUGACUGAGGUGCUGCAAUGCAUAAAGAAGGGCGCAGAGCAAUGGUCCAGUGAUAGACUCAAGAAAUUCCCCGAUUUAAAAUUCCGCUACGUAGAAGAGGAGAGGCCCGAGGAGUUCUUCACCCCCUACGUGUGGGCCCUCAUCAGUGCCUGCGGGAACAUCUACUGGGCCAGCGAGUGUGGUGCCAGGGCCGCUGGAGACCUACUUGCGUGAUCAUACCUUUAAAACUGCACUGGAGAGUGCCAGCCCUCAUACGAAUUAAAGAAGUCUAGCUUUUU